AUGGAGGAAUCCACGGGUCUAGUUGAGUUGUUUAGAGGAGAGGAUCCCAUUGUUGACAUUGUUGCCGUUCAUGGACUCAAUGGUCAUCCUUUCAAGACUUGGACUACAAACAAAACAAACCGGUUCUGGCUUAAGGAUAGUGAUCUUCUUCCAACGCACUUGAAACGAGCAAGGAUCUUGACGUUUGGGUACAAUGCUGCUGUCGCUUCGUUAUUAGGGAAGACAUCGUCAGAUCGGAUCUUACAGCAUGCGCAGACACUUGUCGCACAGCUGGUUGCGGAUCGUGAGCUUGAAGAUGCGUUGCAGCGACUGAUUAUAUUUAUCUGCCACUUGCUGGGCGGCAUCGUUGUUAAAAGGGCCCUCGCGUAUUCAUUAAGUAGAACUAGCAAAUUAGUUUACUACCUCCACUCAAUUUUCGUGUUUAUAUAUGGCAUCCUCUUCCUUGGGACCCUGCACAACGGCAGUAGUAAAGCAGGUCUAGCAUUAUUUAGCUUAAUAGAACCUAGGAAUACAGAUCAUCACCCCUAUAUCAUAAUAGUUAACACUGAUAGCCAGCUUGCUGAUGCAUUACACCAAGGGUUAGAAGUGCUGCAGAAUAUCACAGACAUGUUCGCGCCUUUGAUGAAGAACUUCAGGAUAUAUUUCUUCUGGGAGCAGGAGAAGACGAAUCUUGGAACCACUCUAGCUUACAUAGUUGAAGAAAACUCGGCCGCCCCAAUUCUCGAUGAUACGGAGAGAGCAGGUCUUCCAUACGGACAUGCGGACAUGGCAAAGUUUGAGAGUCGUACGUCGCCAGGGUAUAGACUUGUUGUUGCAGCGCUACUUCGGUAUUCGAGAGAAGCUCCGGAUGUCGUUUCAAUGCGAUGGAUACAUGCGGCGGAUAUGUUGAAGUCUAAACGGCAGAAUGAAGCUGCCGAGCUGGUGCAGUAA